AUGGUGAAGCUUACGAAACGGGCGCAAGCGCUUUUAGGGCUGGGCGCGUUUGGUGGCGGGCUGGCAUAUUACUAUUAUUGCUAUUUGAAUAAUCAAUGUCCGGUGAAUAAGAUACCAACGGCGAGAGAAAAGCCUAAAUCGUGCCAGUUUCAAAACGCGCCCCCUGUAGAGACGUUAGAGAAGUGUGGCAGCCCGGAACCGGUUGAAAGUGACAAACAAUCCAGUGAGCAUGCUCGUGUACCCCAGAACCAUUUCUAUGGCUUCGGCAAUCCAAGACACAAUGUUAUCCUCGUAAGACGUGGAGAAUUCAACUUCAGAGGGAAAGACCCAAAAACCCGCGUCCUUACAAAAAUUGGUCAAAAACAAGCGAAACUAACAGCGGCGAGGCUGGGAGAUCUGCCCGCGCCAUGGCAGGAGCUGGUCGCUUCCACGUCAGUACGAGUGAAAGAGACAGCUGAAAUCAUAGCUAAAGAAACGAACCUGGCCAUCAAGUACUCCGAUCUGAUAUCUGAGGCGGACCGACACAUCCCGGAACAAAAAGAAAGAAUGGAAAAGGCAUACCAACACUACUUACGCGCGCCGCCGGAGGACCAGAAAGAACAAACGUUCUCAAUACUCGUCUGCCACUCCAACGUCAUACGGUACUUUGUAUGCAGGGCCCUUGGCUGUCCAAUUGAAAACUUACUGCACAUGGGUCUCUACCACGGCUGUAUCACGUGGAUCUCGAUCAAGCCCAACGGGGACAAGAUAGUGUGGACCGUGGGCGAAAUCAGCCACAUACCGAGCAAAUAUCUGACCUACGUCAAUGAAUACUAGAACCAUAGAAUAAGGAAUAAUACUACGUAUAUAACGGCAACCCUCCUCUCCCCACCAGCGGCUGAGCUACCUCCCCCCC